AAAGGGAAAAAAAAUGUUGUCUUUAUCUAAGCAAAUCGAGCACUUCUCUCGGACAUUGAUGGAACCUGAAGCAGCAACAGUGAAUCUCUCCGAAGCGAUCGCGUUGGGCGACUACGUCCUGUCGUCGAAGCUCGGUGAAGGGUCUUUCUCGACGGUGUGGAAGGCGGUGCACAGUGCCAGCGGCGAGGUGGUGGCGGUGAAGCAAGUCCACCUCUCGAAGCUUAGUCGGCAUCUCAGGAGCUGCAUGGACUGCGAGCUCAAUUUCUUGUCCUCCGUCGAUCACCCCAACAUCAUUCGCCUUCUUCGCGUGUUUCAGGCAAAUGGUUGCAUAUACAUGGUCCUGGAGUUUUGUGCCGGAGGAGAUUUAGCAUCUUAUGUCCGAUUGCAUGGGCCAGUUCGAGAAGAAACCGCGAGAAGAUUCAUGCAGCAGCUGGGAGCUGCCUUGGAAAUACUGCACUCUUACCAUAUUGUUCAUAGGGACUUGAAACCGCAGAACAUCUUGUUAUCUGGUUCUGAAGAGGAUAAAGUGCUCAAGGUAGCUGAUUUUGGUCUCUCAAGCAGAACCUUACAACCCGGUUGCUCUGGUGAUACUGUAUGUGGAUCUCCAUUGUACAUGGCCCCAGAGGUUCUUCUAUUCCAAAAGUAUGAUGAAAAGGUGGAUAUGUGGAGUAUCGGUGCUAUUCUUUUUGAGCUUAUCAAUGGUUGUCCACCAUUUGGUGGGCGGACUAAUGUUCAGCUUCUGCGGAGCAUCAAGUCAUCUAAAAGCCUUCCAUUUUCUCACAACGUGCUUCCUGAUUUGCAUCCUGACUGCAUUGACAUAUGUUCCAGGCUACUCUCUGUUAAUCCAGUGAACCGUCUGUCCUUUGAAGAGUUUUACCAGCACAGAUUUUUGAGGAGAAAAAGAUCGAUUAUGUAAAAACUAAAAGCUAUGUUUCAGUGGAAGUACUACCAAUUUUCACUCGCGGUGAUAUUCCUUGUUGGAGAAUUAGUGGAUCCUCGGCAUGCUAUGGCUCCUGUACAAUCACUGUACUGCAGAUGGUUUGGAGAAUUGGAAUCUUUUGUAGCCAAAUCUCUUAUACAUUUUGUAAAGCUAGGCAAUCUGAUUUUACAAUGUCUUUUCAAAAUUCUUGAUGCCGAGCUAAUAGCCUCGACCAAUUACUCCCUUACUCAGCGUCCAACGAAUCCCGGCCAGUGUUUAGCUACCUAACUUGCAUUUGCUUGAUCAUUCCAUGUUUUUCUUCAGAGCAAGCAGCAAGAUCAGUCUCUUUAGCAUUACCAUUUUUGCUUGACAUUGUCUUGACUCAGGACGAGAACUGGCGUCUCUGAGGAUUCUUGCAUCUCUCUCUUACCAUAUACCCAAGCAUAUGGAAGCAGUGUGUGUUCCGCUUCCAUACGCCAUCACUUUAGAAUGUCUUCAUCACUGAACUACUCGAGCCGCAUUUGCUCGAUACAAGCUAAGAUACUUGAGUUCGGUAGCGAGUUCGACCCUCGACACCCCCCUUCACAGAUUGGUCACCUA